AACGCUCGAUUCUAGUGGGAAUCUGGGGAACCUCAGCAACAAUAGACUCGCGUUGAGGUGUCGGAAGAAGCCGAUUAUGCGGGGUAUAUACGAAAGCACUGUUCCAUAAAACACCGUCCACCAUAAAUAUGCUGUUCCCCAGAUUUUGAAGUUGCUCCGGCCUCAUUUCGGGCAAUCUACGAAGAUGGACGAGCUUACCCCACGUCUUCGCGGUGGCCCAAGGAGGGCUUGUGAUAACUGUCGCCUACGAAAAAUCCGCUGUAAUCGUGAUCAACCAUGUGACAAAUGUGAGUCUAUCCCUUUGGUCUGUCGGUACAAUGAUAUCGUACGCCGGAAAGGACCGAAGGGCCGUACAGCUCCAGUCUUGACCGCACUUCUGUCAACAGGGAGACCGGAAGCCUCAUCGAUAUAUAAUCAAGAUCCUCAACUUGUCAACGACAUGUUUCCCGAUAUUUUACAGUCGUCGUUAGCACCGCAAGGUGACAGCCCUUACCCAGCCGACUAUGAUGCCUCACUGUCGCUGUAUGAGGAACCUGCAGCUAAUCUAGCACCUCUACCACGGCGGAUUUCUUCUUCGCAACUCCAAGCAUAUGUCCAGGCGUUCUUACAACAUCUUUACUCUAUCAUGCCGGUUGUAGAUGUGAAUUCGCUCUUGCUAGAUUGUGCUAGCCCAGAAGCAUUGCACCCCCGACGCUAUGCUCUCCUUGCUGCCCUCUCAGCUGCCACAUAUUUCCAAUUGAAGAACCAUAUUCCCCAAAAAGACGCCAAUCUCGACACAACCGGAUUAGGAUACCGCCUGGCUAAAGAGGCGGAGGAAACGCUGCAUCAAUUUGAUCCCCUUGAGGAGCCACAUGUCGACACUCUGCUCACCAUGUUUUUCUUGUUCGCUGCGUAUGGGAAUCUUCACAAGCCAGACCGAGCCUGGCAUUUCCUCAACCAAAGCAUUUCUUUCGCGUACACUUUGAGGCUGAAUAUAGAGUCUACCUAUUGGGUUCUUAACCAAAACGAGGCUGAUAUAUUACGGAGGGUCUACUGGCUUCUUUUUGUCACGGAGCGUGCGUAUGCCCUCCAAACGGGCCGGCCAGUUAUGCUUCGCGCUACGAUCGAGAAGCCUUCCGUCUUCCGAUCUGAGUCUCCAAUAACUAUGUACGGGUUCAACAGCCUAAUAUCACUAUUUGAGAAAAUCACACCUGAUGUCUAUGAAUGGAACAUUGGCAACACAGGACGACCUUGCAACCUAUCAUCCUUGUCAGAUAUCUAUCAAUCUGUCGCUUUCACAGCGCCACUGUUAGGUGAGGUGUCGGAAACUAGCCGAGUCGAUAUAAUUCUCACGCAGCAAUGGCUGCAAACCCGGCUGUGGCGGUUUUGCAUGGGCCGACAACAUCUCCAUCAUACACACAGCGAUACGAGACUCCCUAGACAAACUCCAGCGAUGGCAGGAAAGAUUGUCAUGUCCUGUUUGUCAUCAGUGACUCAGAAGUCGGCUGACGCACAUGGAAUAGGAUUAGAACAAAAACUUUACGACAUCGGGGAAUGUAUCUUUCACCUCUCGCAACAACUGUCUCUGAAAACAGACAAAUCAUUGGAGGUGUCCACAGUUGACGCGAAAGAAGUCUUGUACGGAAUCUUAACUUCAUUGUCCCGGGUCCGGGGAUCUCAAUCAUACUUAUUUCCGGCGCUCCUUCAGCAGUCCCAAGGGCUUCUGGGCUUGGAGGAUGUACCCCCACCACUGAUCGAGACGUCUCCUACUCCGGAAGCCGAUGAACAUGGUUUGUCUUAGCAAUAUUGCGUGCAGUAUAUAGUGCUGCUCACAUUUGUGCAGUAUCUGAGGUCUGGAAGUGCGGGAAAUUGUGUGUCUAGAUCUUGCGGAGUUGUAGAGAGUCCUAGACUCCUAAAUCAUGGUACACUGUAAAUUAUGUCUUUUGAGAAUCCCAUAUAUUUGUGUUAUG